AUGAUGUGGAAAAGUACUGUUAUCACAUUGGCACAACAAACAAAUGUUUACUGCGUUGAUGCGAAAAAACAUUUAUUAACAAUUGCAAUGCUUCGAGUAUGGGAUAUGAAAUUAGCAAUGUGGGAAUGUUUACCAGAGGCAAUAGAAAAGCUUGAAAGAGCAGCAUUUGCUAUUGGAUCAGAUGACGCAAUUCGUUUUGAUGAAUGCACAAGAUCAAUCCAGCCGAUACGAAACGUUUUGCAAACAGAAUGUUUGAAGAAUAUUCAACGGCAAUCAAUAGUAAAACAGAUCGAAACCCACAGAAAAUGCUGUAAAUGGUUACAAAACUUGAUUUAUGACUUCAAUUUGAAAACUCUUCAAGAACGAAACGAUGACGAAUUUAUAACUUGUAUAUUAGAAAAAGAUGAUGGACUUGAUCUUACAUUUUGCAUUGAUACAGAAUCAAUGGAGUCAAGUAUUACAUUAAGUAUUACGCAAUUUAAUAAAUCAAAGAAAGAAGCCAAUCAAGUCAUUUUGUUAUGUAAUGUUGAUGAUUCAUCUUCGUUGCUGAAUAUUCUUAGUGCGUCAUUUAAAGCAGCGGGUGCUUCGAUUUUACACAAUAAAUUUCAAUUACCAAUUUCAGAUCAGGAUUUACUCUCAGACCAAUCCAAAGAAGUUUUUAAAGAGAAAAUUUCACUUGUGUUAACAGCAAUUGCAUCUUUUGAUUGGAAUUCGCAUACAUUUAACAUUCAGACAAUCACUUUACCGCAAACGCAUCAAUAUCAAAAAGAAAUAGAAAUAUUGCUUGCGGAUUUAAUCAGUAAAAUUUCUUCUUCUGCAGUUAAAUACUCGAAGUCAAAAAAUAAUGCGCUAGUAGUUCAUGAGCUACUACAUACAUUAAAUAACACCAUUAAUAAUUUACGUAAGACUCAAAGAGGAGAAAUCAAUACUAAUGCAUUGAAAACUAUUUUAUCUGAAACAGACAACAAAGCAAAAACGUUUAAACAAAUCUCAUCACUUAGAUCAGAAAUAAUUAAUGAAAUAACUAAACAUUGGAAAACAUCACUUCUCGAUCGCAAACUAUUAAAACGAGUUUUACAAUUACCAAUGGAAGUUAGUAAUACUAUUCCAUUUGUCUUUAAAGAAAUUCAAAAUAUUGCCCAAACUCAACAAGUUGAAAUGGAUAAGAAAUUUGAAACACAAAUACAAUUGAUAGAUUCAACAAAUCAUUUGGUAACAGUUUUUGUUAAUGAAGCAUGCUCAGUUGCAAUGAAAAAUGAUUCUAUCAAUACACAUUGUCGAGCACAAACCGAAUUACGAAUAUCCUUGUGUAAAGUUUUCGAGGGAAAAACUGAUACUUUGACAAAAUUAAUCGAUGAACCAUACGCAGAUUGGGGAUGGUGGCAGUUAUUAAAUAUGUCUGUUUUGUGGUUACACUCCAAAACACAUGAAAAUCUUGAACAAUCUCAAACACUGUCGGAAUAUUUAGAUGAUCAACAAUCGGAAGAUGGAUCAGAAUCGUAUUGUGAUACCGAUUUAGAUGAAUUAUAUGUUGAUCCAUUUGAUAGUCGAUAUACUUCUAGUGAAGCAGGUGAAGAAGAUGAAGAAGAAGGAUUCUCAAAAACAAAUUCUCAAUCCAUAACAUCAGUGAUAACGAUAGGAACAGUGAGAAAACACUAUUUCCAUGGUCAACGCAUGCGCGAUUUUGGUUGUUAUCUUCAAAAUGAAUCACAACGAUUUAUAGAAAGUGUCACGAAACGAAUACAAUCUAACACGGAAAAAACAUUAAAAAAGUCUUCGGUUUUAGAUAUUUUGGGUUUUCGUGUUAUUUAUGUUUUUUAUGGUAUUUUAGGUAUUUAUGUUAUUCAUGGUAUUUUAGAUAUUUAUGUUAUUUGUGUUAUUCAUGGUUUUUAUGGUAUUUUAGGUAUUUCUGACGAAAGCAGUAGUAAAAUAAUUUCGUCGGAAAGCUGCCGAGCAGUGUAG